AUGUUGAGUACUUGCAGAAACAAUCCAAUAGUGGCUAAGUCAUUUAAAUAUUCAUCUUUAACAAAGUCCUCAAUACGACAAAUUAUCACGUCAACUACAAACAACCAGCAAACAAUACUCAAUAGUGAUACAAUAAUCAUUGACAAGCCAUUGGUAACAGGAUCAGGUCCUUUUGUUGAGGUGCCAAAAUUUAAACCGAUUGGCAACCCAGCCAAUUUCUUACAAGUCGUUUUACCUCAAUCAUCAAAGUUGAAUGUCCGCUCAAUUUCAAGCUCAAUAAUUGCCAUUGACAAUAGUAGCACAAAGCAGAAACAAGAUAAUGAAGCAUUUGUUGUGACCAACAAACAUUCAGUAAUUGACUAUCAAGAAAUAUAUAGUAAAUGCAGUCUCAACUUGAUCAUUCAAGGUAACAAUGAGAAUAACUUCAAAUUGCUUGAAUUGAAAAACCAACAACUGCAAAUCCAAGAUGAUUGGAUAAUUCUUCAAGAAUCUAAUUUAAUUGGUUGGAUUGAUAAAUUCAAACUAAAUAUUGAAUCAAUUGAUUUAUUAGAGAAAUUUUCAAGUUUAAAAAUCAAUGGUAAUGGAUAUAUUUUAAUUGAUGGUGGCAGUAAUGAAGUUUAUGAAUUGAAUUUACAUGAAAACGAAGACAUGUUGGUCAAUUUGAACAGUCUAAUUGCUAUUAAUAAACCGUCAUCUUCAAUUACAACAGAUUUGAAAUAUCAAGUGAUUCCUUAUUUUUACAAUAUAACCAAUCCAAUUAACUCAUUGGUAAGAAUCCCCAAAUUCUCAAUCCCUAAAUAUGGAAUAGCGAGCGAAUUAUUUAAUCCAAUAAGAAAAUCAAUGAACACGUUCACUAGCAAUUAUAAGAAUUUCGUCCAAAACAUAAGAAAUGAAGCAAAUAAGUAUCAUUGGUUGAAAAUCAUUCGAGCAACCACAAUUAAAAUUUAUCAAUGCAUUUAUAGUAAAUUGUUUUACAACAGUGAAGGAGUGUUGUUAAGAAGAAACCCCAUAUUUAUGAAGAUUAAAGGUCCUGCUAAACUCAUUAUGAACAAUAACGAAACGAUAAAUAACAACCGAUUAUUCACUUACAAAGAAAUUAAAUCAAUCAAUUAA